AUGGAGGACCCUCCUUCUCAAAAAGUACACUUGCGUUUGCAGGCCAACCCAACAGGUGCCUCAGGGCAGAAAAAGAGACCGAAGUUUACAAAGGAACAAUUACGAGCAGGACAGGGUUUCAUAGGCCUACAGGCUGGAACUAACAAAGGCGCUUCACAGGCUGGCAUGACGUCUUUCGGGGCUGGAAGACAUAUUGCCGACAUAAAAGUUAAGGAACUAUGGGAAGAAGACGACGAUGAACAACAGGCUAAGAAACCUGAGGAAUCUUCUGAUCAGCAGACCGAGAGGAAGAAGAAGAGAUGGACGAAGAAGCAACUUCGGGCCAGCCAAGGUCUCCUCACCCAACAAGCUAAGACAAACAUUUACGCCAAUCAGUCUGGUAUGACAUGUUAUGGUGCGGUAAGACACGGUGCCGACAUUCGUGCUGACGAUCAAAACAAAGAAGGGGAAGUACUGUUGACACAGCAAGCCGCUACCCAUAUCUAUGCCUCACAAAAGGGUAUGAGAGGAUACGGUUCAGUCCGCCACGGCCCUGACAUAAGAGCCGACGACGCUAAUGCCGAAGGUCAGGGAAUACUCACUCAACAGGCCGCUACACAUAUCUAUGCCUCACAGAAGGGCAUGACCGGAUACGGUGCUGUCCGCCAUGGCCCAGAUAUAAGAGCUGACGACAUCCGCCCUGAGAGCAACGGCCAGCUGACGCAAGUUGCCGAAACCAACAUCUAUGCCUCUCAGAAGGGAAUGACUGGGUAUGGAGCCGUACGCCACGGUGCUGAUAUCCGUGCCGAUGAUGAAAACCAAGAAGGCAAGGCUUUCCUCACCCAGCAAGCCGAGACAAAUAUCUACGACUCGCAGAAGGGCAUGACAUGCUUUGGUGCGGUGAGACACGGCAAGGAUAUUGCGAUUAAGGAGUUGUACGAGGAUGAAGAUGAAGAUUACCUUACCGACCCCGACGAGCCGGUACCACCACCGAAAGCAGAAAGGGCCGCCGCUCCUGUCGCACAACAAGCGCAAGAGGAGGAAGAAGAAGAAUAA